CCUCCGAGAGAGAAAGAGCUUUCUGGGUUGCUUUUCUCAUGCGAAAUAUAAAUAAGCUUCUUUUCAAGAAACGAAAAAGAUUGAAAAUAAAUAUGAGUGUUAUGAGGUGUAAAGGAAACCUGGAGAAAUCCAAGAUCAUUCUGAAGGUUGUAACACCUAUCUUCCAUUCGCCGUGCAAGUCCAAAUUUCUGCUGCUUGAUUGUUUAUAUUAAGGAAUCCCACAUUGGUUGGCUGUAUACUUGUUCAUAGAAAUAUGUACUUUUUGGACCUCUCCACUUACUAGGUUCAGUUUUUGGAUUGGAUGCUUUAACAAAUACACCUAGGCUGCAUGUUACAACUUCACUAUCCAUUGGAACUAUUAUAUUUGAAACAUAACAAAACCUCCUAUAGGUAUCUGUCAGGUGGAAACAUAGCAAAUGCAGGAAUUUUACAAUUGAAAAAAAAAACUUUUAGACAAUGUUGGAGAUCUGUGCGUGACAUUCCUCUGGGUCACUCAUGAGGUCUGUUUUGAUUAUUGUGGAUUAUCUUGGAUUUUAUUAGAAACGAUUAUUUCAAGAUUUUGACGUGUCUUGUAGUUCUGUAGCUGUUGCUUUUGCCAUUAACGUGUUUGUAAUUCUACAAUCAUAUUGAUUUUUCAUGUAGAUUCUUCUUUACGGUACAGGUGCCAUAAUGUUAAUGCAUAAAAGAUAAUACUCUUAGGUGCCCAUUGCUUCAAUGGUCUCUCCUGAUAAUGAAACACGGGUUCCUAGCAAGAUUGGUGACCGGUCAACCAGUGAUGUAGUUGUGAGACUACGAACACAGGAUGGCCGAGAUGACUGGAUAUACUGUCAUUCCCACAUACUCAUAGAAAAAAGCAAGUAUUUUGCUGACCGCCUCUCUGAGAAUUGGCCAACGUGUCAGAUUCUUGAUUCACGCAACUGUGUUGAGGUUUACUGCCAUGAACCUGACUUUGACUACUAUGUCAAUGUUGUACGCCUUCUCUAUGCUGUCAUAGAUGGCUCAAUGGAUGAAAUGUGGCAUGGUGUUAGAAAUGCCCUUGGCAUACUGCAGGUGGCUGUCAAGCUUGGGUGCCCACAAAUUGUUACUGCUUGUGUGAAGUACUUGGAAGCUGUCCCGUGGGAAGACUCUGAGGAGGAGGAAAUUCUAAGAAUCAUACCAGGCAUGGGAUUACAAACAGAGCCCAUUCUUGCCCGUCUUCAACCGGUGAAUCCAUCAGCUAUCAUGGGGUUGUUUCUCUCAGCCCUCCAAUUUGCCACAUCAUCCCCUUCACCAAUGAAUGAUCUUAAAAUUUCAGCACAGGAGCAGCUUGAGUACAUGAUAACUGAAGAUGAUGAUGCCCCUCUAUUAACUGCUGAUGACGAGAUAAAAUUGGAGGUGAAAGAAUGCGUAAAGAGGCUAUUGUCCAGAUUCAACAAUCUAUUAGAAGCUUCGUUGCGUGAACCUGUAGAAUCGGUUUGUGGGCCUGGAAUAAUGCAGUCAUUUCAAUCCUAUCUCUCUGAUUUGUCAUGGGCUAGUCAGAUAUUGAAUAAGCUGGAAAUUAUGAGAGAAUUUGUCAACAACUGGAUUGAUGCAUCAGAUACGAUAGUCAAUGUUGUUGAGCAUGUAAGUCCAACUGCUGAAAAAGCUGAAAUUGCUGAGACAAGGUACAAAGUUAUUGAAGUUGCAGCCAGAGUUUUGGAGGCAAUAGGGUAUGGCACUGUUAUAUUGCCAACUGCGAAACGGCUUUAUGCAGUGAAGGUGUGGCUUCCAUUCGUGAGGGUUACGAAACCUUUGAUUGAUUCUGUCAUAACUAACAGUGACGGUGAUGGAGACAGUGACAAUGCUCUGGCAAUUAAAAUAGAUGGCGAGCUGUGGCAAUCCUUGGAAUCAACAUUGGUAUCAAUAAUUGUUGCCUUGCCGUCUGAGAAUCAGGCAGAGAUAUUAACUGAAUGGCUAGGAAAUGAGCAUAUUCAGUAUCCAGACCUGACUGAGGCAUUUGAGGUGUGGUGUUAUAGGUCCAAGGUUGCCAGGCGAAGGCUAUCAUUGGUAGUGGGAGAUCAUGGCGACAAAGUCAGGCAACAAUUGUGCUGUAAACCUCUUUGGGUUCUGAAUAUUGUUGAUGAUUUUAUAUGCAGCUGAAGAGUGAGUGUUG